AUGGAGGAGCGAUUGCUUUCAUUUGUUCAAAAAGUAAAGUAUUUGCUUUAUUAAUCUUAUCUAGUGAUAUAUUGUAAUUACACAGUUAAAAAUAAUAAAUUCUAUGGUAACUCAGCUUAAUAUAAUGGAGGUGUGAUAUAUUAUAAUAAAUACAGGCCAGAUGGACUCUUAGAUAACUAAUACUUCCCAGAUAACAGAGCCUAAUAUGGAGAUGAUUAUGCUAGUUUCCCACUUUCUCUCUAAGUAGAAAUGAUAAAUUAAUAAGAAGCUGCUAGUGGCCAAAGGUAUUAAGGUAAAAUAAUUGUUAGAGUUGUUGAUCCUGAGGGUCAGUUAGUCUCAAAUGAUAACUCAACGUCUAUAAUGAUUGAAGCAAUUGAUGAUUCCUAAGCUGGUGUGACAGGAUUAAGAUAGUUAAAAGUUGAAAAUGGAAUAGCUAUUUAUGAUGAUCUUAAAUUUUAUGCAUAACCUGGUACUAAGGGAGUCAAAUUUGUCAUAUUUUCAACGACAAUAAACGAUUAAUAUAGAAGAGAAUCAUUAAAUAUUCCUAAUGAUAUUAUAACAAAUAAAGAAGUUAUUUCUAUUGAUUUUAGAAUCUGUCUUGAGGGUGAAUCAUCCACCAACAAUGAAUGUUUGGUUUGUGAGGCUGGAUCAUACUCUUUAAAAUAAAAUUCAUCUCAAUGCUAACAAUGUCCUCAAUUUGCAGAUUGCCCUGGUGGAUAUCAAAUUGUGGUAUUUUCCGGAUACUGGAGAAAAGACUAGAAUUCCUCUGAAAUUUAUAAAUGCCUUGCUAAAGAAGCUUGUGUUGGAGGAACUUAUCCUCAAAAUUACUCAAAAUCUAAAGAUUAUUUCCCACUAUGUAUUUUUUUCUUAAAUUAUGCUUUGAUAGGUGCUUAUGGUUAUUGUGGAAAUCUUUGUGACAGGUGUAUCAAUAAUAAUUAGAUUCAUUACUCAAGAGAAGGUGUUAGUAAAUGCGCUUAAUGCCCAGAUAAAGUAGUUAACAUGCUUCUACUUUAAGGAAUAUUCUUGGCUAUUAUGCUUUAUCUUCUAUUUCUGAUUAGAACAAACUUGAAGGAAAAUGCCAAUCAUGAGACCUCUGCUAUAAUGAGAAUUUUGACUAAUUUCCUCUAAAUUUUGACUUCAACAAACAUGAUAGAUUUACAAUGGCCAGAGUCACUUACAAACUUUUAUAAAAUAUUCAGCUAGUUAGGAGAAUCUUCAGACAGACUUCUCUCAUUUGAUUGCUUUUUGUAAAAUACGUUAUUAGCUAACGAAUCAAACUCCUUUGUAUAUAUCAAGGCCUUAAUGAUGAGCGUAAUGCCUCUUUUAAUAAUAUUCAUUUACUUCUUGAUAAUGCUAAUAGCAGUAGUAAACAAGGGAUUGGGUAAAAAAGCUUUAGCUCGUUGGAUUAUUGCUACAUCAGUUGUAACCAUUUAUUUCUUGCAUCCCUAAGUAACAAAGUAUGUUCUAGGGCUAUUUUUCUGCUAAAAAAUUCAUGAUAAAUUCUAUCUUUAGCAAGACAUGCAAGUAGAAUGCUGGACAGAUGACCAUAUGAAAAAUCUACUUUUAAUUGGAGUUCCUUUUAUGUUAUUGUGGGUUAUUUUGGCACCUAUUGUAGGAUUUCUUAUUCUUAAAAGAAAUAAGUCUAAACUUUUAGAAACAGAAUUUAAAGUUAGAUUUUAAGCACUCUAUCUUGGGUUAAAUCCUCAAAAUUACUACUGGGAAUUUGUGAAUGUAUUCAGAAAAACAUUUAUGGUUGCAAUCAACAUUUUCCUUUAGACCUAAAUUGAUUUUUUUAAAGCUCUUGUUACUUUGAUGGUUCUUUGUAUUAUGUAUAGAAUUCAAAUAAGGAAUUAACCUUAUAAGAACUAAUUGAUUAACAUCCUUGAGUAAAGAGAAAUCUAAUGCUCAAUAGUUACAUUUUUUGGAUCACUAUUUUUUGUCUCAAAUGAACUUGAUAAUCUCGGUAAAAGAAUCGUUUUUAUAGUCAUCAUAGUAUUUGUGAUUUGGUUCAUGAUUUUAUGGCUUUAUUGUUUUCUAUAUACAUAGUAAUAUUGGAUAUUAAGAAAGAUAGCUAAAUAUUUGAGAUAUCUAACACUUUUACCUUUAUAAGAGGAGGAAAGAACCAACAUCGACAUUAUCAAUCAAGGAUAUUAGGUUACAGAUUUAGGAUUUGACAUUAUAAAAGAAUAAGAUACUAUGAAUGAUUCUUAUAUGAGUCCUAAACAAUGGAAUUUAGGAUUUAAUAAAUAGUAUAAAAUGAGGAAAAGAAAACCUAUUUUUAAACAUUCCUAAUCUUUUAAUGCUUAAAAAAGUAAAAAUCUAAUCGAAAUCUUUAAAAAUGAUGAUAAAGACAUAAUUUAGCAUAAAAACACUAUGAAUGUAGAAUCCACUGUAAUAAAGCUUAGUGUAGUAAAGAGUGGCAACAUGUCUGACUAUUGGUCAGGUUUGAAAUUACAUGAUAUCUCAAACGAUACAUGCAAAAUAGAUCCAGAUUUAAAUAUGCUUGAUACUCCUCUAGCUAGUAGAAGUAUAAAUGGUGUGGGAUUCAAUCUUAGCUAAAAUUAAUCAAUUAAAUUGGGAUAAGUAUUAUUAUCACCAAACACAAGGAAUAACUAGAGAUCAAUCCUUAAGAAAUACACUGAUAAGGAUACUACUGAUUAAAUUCUUACCCAGCAAUAUUUGAGUGGUAAAUAUAAUCCUAAGGAAUUAUUUAAUGGAAAAAAGCAGAGGAACUAUAUUGGAGUAGCUUAGAGUGUUAAUAAUAAAGUUAAUAGAAGAAAUCUUAACAACUUAGAUGGAAAAGAUGAGGCUUAAAAAGCACUAUUGUAACUAUCUUAAGUAUUCUCACCUAAAAUCAGUUAGUUUUCUCAAGGUGGAACAACUAGAAGAGAAAAUAUGAUGCAACUCUAAAAUUUAUCUCAAAGGGGUAUACUUAAUCAAUCUUUGGUCUCUUCUAAAUUUGAGAUAUUGCCUUAAACACAAGAGCAAAUUAUAUUUUAUCCUAAAAAAAUAGAAAAACCAAGAUCUUAAUUCGCUAGAAUGCAAAAUAAGAAUAUCUAGCUAGUAAUUAUGAAAUUAAAAGAUUUCGAUUUAUCUCUAGGAUAAUAAAUUAAGAAAUUCUAAUGA